CCACCCCCCCCUCCACUGCUCCGCAUCCACAGCCGCUCGCUCUCGCUCGCCGCCCUUCCACAUUCCCGCUCGCUUCCCCUCCGCCCGUCGUCUUUUCCUGAGGCCGAUAACAAAAUCCGAUACGCUCCGGUGGCCUCGCCGUCCGUGUCGGGUGCCCUCCAAUCUUCUCGUCUCACGCAAAGCGGAGGGGGAGGAGUUUUAGGGGGGCCGGGAGGGAGCCAUCACCGUGUCCGUGCUGGCCAUUAUUAUUUCUUCCUCCAGCGGCAAUUUCUGGCCACCGGCGGGGCUAUAUUAUUCAGGCGCGCGGCCGGGCCCGUCCAAGCGUGCCGCGGGAUGUUUUCCUUGGGCGGAAUGGCGGAGGAGUGCCCGCGCGCUGGCGGCGCCGAGUUCUGGCUCCCGGACGAGUUCCUGGACGACGACUUCUUCUCCGAGGAGGAGAAGGCGGCCGUGGCCGCCAGGAGCGAGAGCGACGAGGAGGAAGGGCUCGGCGGGCUCCCGCGCCGCGUGGCGGGGCUCCUCGUCGGGAACGGCAAGGGAGCCGGCGAUGAUUCCUCCCCUGCAAAGGCGGAAGUGAUGGCCGGCUCGCCACAGUCCAUCCUGUGCGGCCUGGCGGCGUCCGGGGAGGAGAGCCCCAACGGCGGAGCGUCGCAGGUCAGCUCGCCGCCGUCGUCGCCGCUGGAGCAGCAGCCGGCCGAUCCCUGGGACGUGCUGCACCAGGCGGCCGGGCAGGUGGCCCGCCUGCGCAGCGACAGCAUCCCCGUGCCGAAGAACGCGGCUGCCCAUCAUGGCCACUCCGUCGUACCGCCGACGAAGCAGCCCGCCGCGCCGGCCCCGGCUCCCAAGGCCGCCGGUGGCGAUCACUAUCAGCCGAAUAACUUGCUGGAACAGCGCCGGAAAGUUGCUCAGUUUAAUGCCCUGAAGCAACAGCAGAUGCUCAAGCAUCAACGGGAGCAGGAGCUUGCCGUCGCCGCGGCGGCAGCGUGGGGCACGCGCAUCUGUGGGCCUAAACGAACCGCCGGCUAUGGUGCCGCGCCACACGCCCUCAACCCGUCCGCGUGGCCUCCGCUCCAGAAGCAGCCGCAACAGCCGCCUGCGUCCGCGGCCGGCAUGCGCGCCCUGUUCCUUGCCCCUCCCGGCGCCAAGCGCGAGUGCGCCGGCACCGGCGUGUUCAUCCCCCGCCAGGCCGGCGCCCCCGCCGAGCCCAAGAAGAAGCCAGCCUGCUCCACCGUUCUCCUCCCGGCGCGCGUCGUGCAGGCGCUCAACCUCAACGUCGAGGACCUCGGGGCCCGUCCCAUCUACCCUGGCGGUUUCGCUCUUGAUCACGACGCGCUGGUGAGCCGGAGCAACGCCCUGGUGGCGAGCCGUUCGUCCCAGCUCCCCGGCGGCGGCGCCGCUCGCGAGCUGAAUCUCCCGCAGGAAUGGACGUAUUGACGAAGCGCCGGAUCGCCGUCGCCGCAAGAUGAUCUCCGGCAGAUUGACGGGGUCAUGUCUAAUGCAAAAAUUACUAUUGGUAUUGCUAGCGCUAGGUAGGUGUUAGGCUAGAAGUAGGAGGCAGCGGUGGUAGCAUUGCGCAUGGUGCAUCAGCGUUAGGUGUUCUUUUGUGUGGGUGAUAUAUUGGUUAUUUUGGAUGACGGUUGGGGAUGGAUGGGGGCCGAUGAACAAGAGCGGGAUCCAUGGCCUUCGCAGGUCGCUGGGGGUGAGGAACAAUAAGUGGGUGCUUUUGGAGGAUUUGGCAGCAUGUUUGCUGCUCGUGGUACCCUGAUGAUUCCCAAGGGAAAUCAUCAGCAGUCAGUUUGAGAAGAAAAAAAGACGUGUCACUGUAAGCAAGAAAAUAAUACGAGCUCCAUAUUUCCUCUUUCGUUUUC